UUCAAAGAAAGAAAUUUCUCAUGACUCAACCCUUUUUUCUAUAGUUUCUGCUGCAGUACAGGCCUUCUCUCUUGCUUCGGUUUCACAUUUUCACCUAAACUCAAACCAUUAAUGGAGCAUCAUCAAGAACGAAGCGAUCACCGAUCCCAAGACCUCCCUCAAGUCCUAGUCAUCAAACCACCACCAGUUUUGACACUUUUUGAGGACAAAUUCAUCUCAAGCAAAUUCCAACUCUUAAAAGCAUGGGAGUCAACACUCCCACUAGAUCAGUUCUUGACCAACUAUGCAGGCUCAGUUCGAGCCGUCCUCUGUUCUGGUGCUUCCCCUAUCACCGCCGACAUCAUCCGGUUGCUACCUUCAUUGCAACUCGUCAUAACCGCCAGCGCAGGUGUCAAUCACAUUGACUUGACGGAGUGCAGGAGGCUUGGCAUCGCAGUGACCAACGCUGCAGGUGUGUUCUCGGAUGAUGGUGCUGACGCUGCUGUGGGGUUGUUGAUUGACGUGCUCAGAAAGGUUUCUGCUGCUGAUCGGUACGUUAGAAAUGGUCUUUGGCCCGCGAAAGGAGACUACGCUCUUGGUUCUAAGCUGGGAGGCAAGCGAGUUGGGGUUGUUGGACUCGGAGGGUUUGGCUCAGCAGUUGCCAAAAGGCUAGAGGCCUUUGGCUGCACCGUGUUGUACAACUCUCGAACGCAAAAACCUUCUGUUCCAUACCCCUUCUACUCCACCGUUCUCGAACUCGCCGCCGACAGCGACUCCCUCAUCAUUUGCUGCGGAUUAACUGCUGAAACUCGGCACAUGAUUAACAGGGAAGUCUUGUUGGUACUAGGGAAGCAAGGAGUCAUCGUCAACAUAGCUCGAGGAGCCAUUAUCAAUGAGAAGGAAAUGGUGGAGUGUCUGGUGCGGGGAGAGAUCGGAGGAGCUGGUUUGGAUGUGUUUGAGAACGAACCCAAUGUUCCCGAAGAGCUCUUUGGAUUGGAUAAUGUGGUGCUGUCACCACAUAGAGUUGUUUUCACACCAGAAUCCUUCGUGGCUGCCUCUGAACUGGUGGUGGGGAACUUGGAAGCUUUCUUUUCAAACAAGCCAUUACUUUCUCCUGUCAUCUAUGAAUGAAGUGUAUUUCAUGCACAAUUAAUAUAAAAAUAAUUUCACUA